AUGGCUCUUGACGAGUUUUUUUUGUCUGAACAACCUAUGUAUAAUCAUGAAUCGGUCUUACCUUGGUUAUCACCCAUCUCUGAAGGAAUAAGCAGCCCUCCCUUCCAAGAUUUUGACUUACCUCCUUCCUCUUCAUGCUCUUUUUCAUUAUCUUCUAUUACUUCUGGCUCUGAUGAUACGUCCGUAUUGAAUAUGGACUCGACCACAGAUGCUAAUCCUUAUGCUUUGCCAAAGUUGCUCUCAAACGUCAAGCAAGAAACUCCCCUGCAAACCCAAGACGUUCCUUCCAAAGGGUCUGACGUCUUAACAGCUUCUCUCGUGAUUGGAAAACUUGGUUAUGCAAAGUUGAUUCACCAGCAUCGUAAACUGUCUCAGUCCACACGACGUAAGCAGGAUCGUGGCCUUAUGGCAAUGGUCUUAUCAAGGUCUGAAAAACAAGAGGAACGAGAAAAUCACUCUUCGGACGCAAGAGAUGCUAUCAAGAGUGCUCUUCGAAAGAGACUCCGUCGCCGAGAAGGACGGGUUCAAAAAGCUUUAAAGCCUGCUCCUAUUUUGAUUUGUUCUAGAUGUUCUGCUACUUUCGAUCAUCAAUUCGCUCUUUCCUUGCAUGAGAAUGAUUGUUUCACUCAAACAAACUUCAAAUUAUCUGACUUUUUCUGCACAUGA